CAACAAGUGCGACAUAGGACGUUCGGUACGGAAUACCAGCCUUCUCAGCGGAAGAGGAAGAACAAGCAUGGGUUUUUGACGAGGAAGAGAACUGUGAAUGGAAGGAAGAUUUUGGCGAGGAGGAAGGCGAAGGGGAGAAAGAUUCUGAGCCAUUGA